AUGUCUUGCCUUCUCCACUCGCUUUCCCUCUCUCUCCUCCUCCUCAUCCUCUUCCCCUUCUUGUUCUUCAUCUCCAUGGCCGCUCAAUCUAAUGAUACGCGUUACCCCAGCUGCUUUUCAUACAAUUGCGCAAACAUCACAAUCAGUUACCCUUUUUGGAGGCUCGACAGUGAAACCCCUACCCAGUUCUGCGGUUAUGAAGGUUUUGGGAUCAAUUGCUCCAACAAUGUUCCAAUUGUUUACUUCGGAAGCGAUUCUUAUUAUAUCCCUAACAUAAACUACGAAUCUAAGAGUAUUGUCCUUGUGGACUACGACGUUUCUCCCGUCGUCCCCGACGUCGUCUGCCCGAGGGUACGCCAUAACAUUGAUUGGGGAGAUUUGCCUUUCAAUUUCUGGGGGCAAAACGUUAACCUAAGUUUUCAUUUUAAUUGCACUGGAGUACCUGAUUUUGCAAGAGAAAUAGCGUGUUUGAGUAACCCUACUAAUAAGUCGUGCGUUAAUAGUUUGAAUUUCGAGCCGGAGAAUUUCAAUUGGACGGUGUACUCUUGCGAUGACGCGGUGGUAACGACGGUGUUGGAUGUAUUCAGUUCAGCAAUGGCGCUGGAGACGGAGUUCAGUAGAGCCUUAAGACAAGGAUUUGAGGCAAAAUGGGGGAGGACGGAGGACUGCGAAAAGUGUGAGGAGUCCGGUGGGCGCUGCGGUCAUAAUAACAGUACGACGGAGCUCAUGUGUUUUUGUUCCGGUGGUGCGAUCACUAUGGGUCAUUGUAAAGGUACCUUCGUUGAAACUCCUGGCUUCAUGUUAAAUUACACAUCUACCCCUAUUAAAAAAGCAAGCACAUAG